GCCGCCUCCCUCAGGCUCGGGCGCGACAUGGCGGCGGCGCGGGCGCUGCAGCUGUCGCUGCUCCGGCUGCUGCUGCUCCCGCCGCUGCUGCUGGCGCUGCUGCCGGGCCCGGCGGGGGCCGUGUGGCCGCAGCCCCAGGCCCAGAGCUUCCCGCCCGGCGGCGGCCGCUGCCCGGUGCCAGCCCGGCGGUUCCGCUUCGCCGCGGCGAGCGGCUCGGCCGUGGGGCCGGGGUGCGCCGUGCUGGACGCCGCCUUCCAGCGGUACUGGCCGCUGAUCUUCGGCAGUGCCACCGAGAAUGAGUCGUCCUGGGAAACGCCCUGCACCAAGCUUCUCAUCUAUGUUUCCACUCCAGGCUGCGAUGGGUUUCCCAGACUGGACUCCAAGGAGAGCUAUAAGCUGUCUGUCUCCAAAGGCUCCAUGCUGCUCUCAGCAGAGACCAUCUGGGGAGCUCUCCGAGGCCUGGAAACAUUCAGCCAGCUUGUUGGAAGAGAUGAAAAUGGCACGUACUACGUCAAUGAGACAGAAAUCGUGGACUUUCCCCGCUUCCCUCACCGGGGACUGUUGCUGGAUACCUCUCGUCACUACCUGCCCUUGAGUGCCAUUCUGGAAACUCUGGAUGUCAUGGCUUACAACAAGUUCAAUGUGUUUCACUGGCACAUUGUGGAUGACCCAUCUUUCCCCUAUGAGAGCUCCACGUUCCCAGAGCUCAGCAAGCAGGGAGCCUUCAAUGCCAUGACCCACGUGUACACAGCCAGUGACGUGCGCACUGUGAUCGAGCACGCCCGGCUGCGCGGCAUCAGAGUCAUCGCUGAGUUUGACACCCCCGGCCACACCCUCUCCUGGGGGCCAGGUGCUCCAGGUCUGCUGACUCCCUGCUAUAUAGGCAAGGCUCCCUCUGGAGUCUAUGGGCCCAUCAACCCCAUUGUUAACAGCACCUACCAGUUUGUGACCAGUUUAUUCCAAGAGGUCAGCACUGUGUUCCCAGACUUCUUUCUCCACCUUGGUGGCGAUGAGGUGGAUUUCACGUGCUGGAAAUCCAAUCCAGAAAUACGUGCUUUCAUGGUGGAGAAGGGCUUUGGUGAAGAUUACAAAAAAUUAGAGUCUUUCUACAUCCAGAGGCUUCUGGACAUUGUCUCUUCCCUUGGCAAAGGUUAUAUUGUGUGGCAGGAGGUGUUUGACAACGACGUGAAGCUGAGGCCUGACACCAUCAUCCACGUGUGGAAGGAGAACAACUUGCGGUACCUGGAAGAGAUGGCCAAUGUCACCAGGGCUGGCUACCGGGCUCUGCUCUCUGCACCCUGGUACCUCAACCGCAUCUCCUAUGGGCAGGACUGGAUAGAAGCCUAUAAGGUGGAGCCCUUGAACUUUGGAGGCAGCCCUGAGCAGAAGGCCCUGGUGAUAGGUGGCGAGGCCUGCAUGUGGGGUGAAUAUGUGGAUGUCACCAACCUGACCCCCAGGCUCUGGCCGAGAGCCGGGGCCGUAGCUGAAAGACUCUGGAGCAAUGAGACAGUCAUGAACGUGGAAGAUGCAUACGCCCGGCUGGUGGAGUUCCGCUGCACCCUGCUCAGGCGUGGUGUCCAGGCACAGCCUCUCUACAUUGGAUACUGUGACCAUGAAUUUGGCGGGGUUUGAAGGGAGAGCCUCACUGCCCUCAAUCUCUGUGCACGCAGGAGGAACGUACCCCCCUCAAAAGGGCAGAGGGACCCUUCCCACCCCACCUUCUGCUGUGGGUUCGUUGCAAUGAACGUUUCUUUUGCCUUGGCAUGCGCUCUUUGCCUCUUUUUCUAUUUUUAUUUCUUUAAAUCUAUAAAUAAAUGACCCCAAAGAGGAAAAA